AUGGCCUCGUUUGACGUCGGUUCCCUCAUUGUGCAAGGACACGGCAACCGCAUGGCGGAGGGCUGCAGCGUAGCCCAGCCYAAUGUCGAUGCCAGCGGGGCGAGGCAAAUCGGCGAGCAAGACAUGAACGAWGCAUUCGACUUUUCAAGCUAUUAUGACAAUGACCAGAUGGAGGGAAUGACCGGUUACACUCCACAUGAGCCGCAUGCCGCACAUCAAGAAGUCGGGACUACACAGCGCGAUGAAAAUAUCGACAUCGACUCGCCUGAGGACACUGACGAUGAAGAUGGCUGGCAAGAUCUUGUCGAUUCAGCACGUUCGGAUUACUACUCCAGCAAUCCUCUCGAGAGCUCGUUGAUUCCGCCGUGCUCGCCCAGCUUGGAAAAGGACCUGGUUGAUCCUCCUUACUCUCUGGAGGUCGCAAAGCUCGCCACAGCGAUCAGUGUCGAGAAAUGGGAYGUUGAAAGGGCGUCCCUGGACUUCCUGGCCUCUGUGAUGGCACUAUCAGCCUCUGGUGACACUGUUUUCACGCGCUACGCUAUGCGGCCGCAAUUUCGCGACAUCAAGCUGGAAGAGCCUGUCCUUUCCACCGAUGCAGCAAUGGACAUGCUGCGACUGCGUAACAGGAACAUUGUCCGCUUGACUACGACCGGGAUCGAGCAAAUUGCCUCGGACAGGCGUCAUGAUCAAGCACUGCAAUGGUCAGCCAAUAGCUUGAAACUACCCAGUGAGAUGRACAAAGUGAUUGCUGCCGAAAAGAUGACUGUGAAUGGCGAAACGUCAGAUUUUCUAAGGGACAUCCUCGAAGACAACAAGGACGAUCAUACGGGUUGGGUCUCCCAAGCUCGCCAGAAAAGGUCUUUAUACUGUCCAAUUACGCCUCCACUACUUCCACUCUCUCCGUCGUACAGUCCCGGUAGUAUUCCGUCUGCGGCGGCGCGCCUACCAUUCACAUCUACACCCGAAGACCCUCUAGAUCGCGAGGGAAGGGAGCUUGAGGACCAGAUGAUGGCCAUGGAGGAAAUCCAAGAAGAGUCGGUAGAUGGCUCCAACAUCAGUGCACCCUCAAAAACUGUGACGCGAAGCUCAUCGUCUCCUCUGCGACGGAAAUUCGACAAAAUCUCCGAUAUCAAACUCUCCAGCCCGCUUCUUCCAUACGACUAUGGGCCGGCCACCAAGAAGACAAAGACCGUGUCCUUUGCAGAGGAACUUCAGAUUUCCAUCACGGACCCGAGUUCUGAUAAUGUCUCAACCGAUCCUUUCGUUGCUGCCGAACAAGCUUUGGCUGCCGUGUCGGCAAUGGUAGAGCCAAUGUUACAUUCAGCCAUGAAGCAAUUCAGCAAAGAACAGCUGAUCGAGAUCGAUACCACUGCGCGGGUUGACGUACCACAUAUCGGAGACAUAGCACCCGAACCGCCUUGGAGGAUUUACUCGGGUCGGCAUCGAGUCCUGCUGGGAGACUCUGCAGCUACAAUCGCCAAGGCGGAGAAGAGAUGGAGUGGUGCAUCCAGCCUCGAGCGUCUGCUCCCGUGGAGCCCCUUUCCCGCCCAUCUUGGCAAGCCAAAGGCAGAGGGAGACUUCGAUGAUGGGUCGCUUGCUAGAUAUCUGGCUGAUUUGGACAUUCAAGGCCACGUCGACCUUCGACGAAUGAUGUGGAAGCCAGAAGGCCUUCGCAUCCUCGAUUUUGAAGACGAGGAAGAGCUGGAUGUGUACGACUACGAGCAUCAGGAUCUGGAACCGCAUCGCGGCCAUUUGCAUUAUGGGGCACAAGUUGCGAAUAUGAUGCCGCGAGAUCUCAACAAGUCUUUCCAUUUACCUCCAUCGCAGCUCACACAGAGUGCCAGUCACGACAUGACAAUACCGAAGGUUGUGGUUCCUCCUCUCUACCGCUUCAGACCGCAUAUCCAGAACCCAGUAGGAGAAGCGCACCAGACAGCCGCACCUCAAGUGAACAGUAUGCAGGCAUUGCUCGAGAAGCGCAGAGUACAACUUGAGGUCGAGAAGGCGGCUUUGAACGCCGGCUUUCUCUCAACCUCAAGGUCUUCUACGUUAUCGGAAAAGGAAGCGUCCGCCAAUCACGGCAGAUUAUCUACUUUCCUGGCCGUGCAAGGAGUGCGUGGAGUACACCGAGUGAAAGAAGUGUCCAAGGUAAGACGCGUCGAGGAAGAAGUCCAGACCCGGCGGCCAGAACCACUGCCACAACCAGCCAAGUCAGUUCUUGAGAUUCCAGCACCGCAGAUGACCACAGUGAAGUCAACAUUGCCCAUCGUAGUCUCUUCGAAAGCCAUGGCAAACCGCCAAGUCUUACGAGCGCUCCAGCAACAUCUCCCAACWCUCGAAAUAAUCGAGCGUGAAUCGACGGCAUCAAUGACGAACAGCAGCAAGCAAAACGAAGGCUCCUCGCCUGCCCAAGAAGCAGACUUCACACUCUCACCAAGCACCGGUCUAAUGUUCACAACUCUGCAGAAGCUGAAGCAAAAACCGCUUCCAGGCCAAGAGGCCUCUUUCAUCGGCAUCCGCGAACAGUUCGCUCGAGUAGCUCCACGUUACGAACGUCUCAUCAUCCUGCUGAGCGAAGGCUCGCAUUCCGUAGGCGAGGCACAAACACACAUCCGAACGCUCGAUGAGCGAGACGCGACCGCUAUUGCAGACUUGAUCGGCUUCUUCUCUCGACUUGAUACCGAGGUGCAGGUUUCGUACGUUCCAGGCGGGGAGGCAGAACUAGUCAAAUGGAUCGCGGCGGCUGUGGCUCGCUGGUCGCCUUGCAUUCAGGAAUUCAAUCUUCUGGAGGAAGAGACGGUUUGGGAGCGGUUUCUACGAAAGGCUGGGCUCAACGUCUUUGCUGCACAGGUUGUGUUGGAUCAGUUGAAACCGCCUUCGGAUCAGCUUGAGAGCGAUGAUUCGAUCACGCUGUGUGUAUCGGGGCAUGAACGCUAUGGUCUGGCUGCGUUCGUCGGAAUGGACGUCGAAGAGAGAUGUCAGCGUUUUGGUCCUUUGAUGGGUGGCGAGAGGAUGCUCAGGAGGGCUAGUAAGGCGAUUGACGGGUCGUGGAACGUGGGGAGUAGGGGCAGGUAG